AUGAGACAGUACGAGUACGAGUACUCUGCCGCACGGACCGCACCCGAUCCGCAAUCCGCAAUCCCCGAUCUUAGGGCCGAGGGGUUUGUGAAAAUAUGUGGGAAUCCGAAACAACAAUUAGAUAAAAACCCACUAGGCCGUGCACAGGAUCUUCAACUUUGGAAUUCCUCUUCUUUGUAUGCUAUGAUGUUGGGUAGUAAAGAAGGAGAAAACAUAACUUACGGUGACGGAAUUCCCGAUGAUCGUCGACAAUAUACCGUAUACGGUUUACGGCGUGGAAUGAUGGUACAGUGUGAAUCGCGGAUCGCAGAUCAACCAGAAGACCAUGGGUCAUGGGGAAGUACGAAUACAUAUGCGGAGAUGCGGAUCAUACAAUCGAGUAGAAAAACUUUUCGACCCCUACUCAAGGGAAAGAAAAGAGACUAA